ACAUUGGAGAUGACGGAAGAGGACCACGCACCAUAAAUGCAAUGGGUUGGGACAGGGCCUGGAGGAAAGGGUUCCUGAGCUACUUUUAGAGGUAGAAGUGACUCAACAAACCGGCCGAUGUAGACCUCCAUCCAGAGUGCUAAGGCUGUGUCGUGUGUUGCUAUAUUUUAAGGAAUUUGCCCAUACCUUCCCCCCAGAGAGGAGCUAGAAAUCAGCUUGUAAAGGGAGAGGAGUCAAUAUGCAUUGGGUGGGUUUCUCUCCCCUUUGCUUCAGCUGGUCUUCAUUUCCACACCCUUCCCACAUGUCCGGCUAUUUUUAGUUCUGUGGAGCAGAGAGAGAGGCUGGGCCAUCCUGUCUUCCUUCUACCACCAAGAUAUCUGGGACAACACAACUGCUAUUACAAUCCAUCUGAAAAGAGAGAUUCACCACCUUGAGGAACUGCUCUUCUGCCACUUUGGUGUGCCAACUAAAUGCGCCCUUUGCGCAGCCUGGUGCAUCGCCAUCCUUGGGUGCUGAAUGUUGCUGCCUAUGGGACUCUGUUUUCUGCAGCCGAUGUGGUCCAGCAGGUAUUGUCAAGGGCCCAUCAGGACCAGCUUUGGUGCACUGCUUUGGACCUGAAGCAGACGGCCAAAGUGGCGCUGGUAGGGUUCACUUUCCACGCCAACUUCAAUUAUGUCUGGUUCCGGGCCUUGGAACGUCUUCUUCCAGGAGCAAAUGUUUCCAAGGUGAUUGUAAAGGUGGCAUGUGACCAGGCCAUAGCCGCCCCAAUCACCAUUGGGGCAUUUUACACAGGCCUCUCUCUUCUGGAUGGUGAACGUGACAUCUUCGGGAAUUUGCGGGAAAAAUUCUGGUCAUCUUACAAGGCUGGGGUGUUGUGCUGGACUUUGUUCCAGGCAGUGAAUUUUGCUCUUGUGCCACCCAUGUUCCGCACAACUUACGUGGGCGCCUGCUCCUUUGUGUGGACAGCUUUUCUGUGCUACCUGCGCCAAAGGGAUGCCGGUGAUGCCACCUCCCACCUCUUCCGAACCGUGCCAGGCUUGGCUCAGCUAUUUCCACCUACAGCCCCAGAGAAUCACAUGAACCAGAACUCCGAGAAAUAACAAAGAGACCUAAUACUUAGGCUGAUGCUUCUGUUCUCACAAAACUGUAGUAUUUGUGUUUGAAAACAUUGCCAUUUGCUCUUAUACUCAAGAUUAAUUCUUGCCCACCUGAACAGUGGUUUUGUUCAGGCUAAAAAUAUUAAUAAUGAAUAUUUUUUACUUUCCAUAGCACCACAUGCCUGUUGUCCAUGGCAGCUGCUUUACUGUGCUUCCUCCCUACAUUUUCCUUUCAUAUAACGUCUUUUAGAUUGUAAGAUUGAAAGUGCAAUUUUCUUUUUUUCUAACCAUCCAUCUAUCUGUUGUCUUGAUCUGUAAACCACUUGGAAUAAAUACAUAUUUAAUACAUUUUUAAAAUGCUUUAUAAGUAAUGAAACCUAAUCAUAAUGUGUAUGUCUCUGGAAUAUGAUCAUGUAAUUACACACAGCCUUCUUAUUGGGCAUUUUGUGUGAUCCAUGAGCUUAAACAAGGAUCGGUGACAAUAAAUCUGGUGUUCAUGUUCACAGAUGCUUAGCUCCAAAA